UCUUGAAAUUAGUAUUGUGCCAGUCGGGGGGGCGGUGACAUAUUUUACCCGUCAUCGUCCUACAUAAUUUUGGGAAUAUAAUAAAUCGCAAAAAUCAGUGUUGAAUAGUGUUUAGAAGCAGUUUAUGUCAGGACUGAACGUGAGGAUGGCGGGUCAGACGAUAAACGAUAGGCUCCUUGCCGCUCGCCAUAGUAUCGCGGGGCAGGGAUUAGCAAAAUCAGUAUGUAAAGCAACAACCGAAGAGAUGAUUGCACCCAAAAAGAAACAUUUAGACUACCUAGUUCAUUGCACAAACGAGCCCAACGUUUCGAUCCCACAGUUGGCCAACCUGCUGGUUGAGAGAACACAAAACACUAACUGGGUGGUUGUCUACAAGGCACUCAUAACAGUACAUCAUUUACUUGCGUAUGGAAACGAGAGAUUCACGCAGUAUUUAGCGUCGAGCAAUUCGACGUUUCAAUUAAGCAACUUCCAUGACAAAAGCGGGGUUCAAGGCAUAUAUGUGCUUGCAGUAUCGUUUCUCGGACACGCAAUGACGAGAAAGUCCGAUAUAGACGAAUGGGGAUAUGACAUGUCGCCGUUCAUCAGGAGGUACGCCAAGUACCUCAACGAGAAGGCCCUGUCCUAUAGGACUGUCGCCUUUGACUUCUGCAAGGUCAAGAGGGGUAAAGAAGAGGGCUCCCUCCGUAUGAUGAACGCGGAGAAGCUGUUAAAGACUCUGCCGGUGCUACAAGCACAGCUGGACGCGCUGCUGGAGUUCGAUUGUACAGCCAAUGACCUCACCAACGGGGUCAUCAAUAUGUGCUUCAUGCUGUUAUUCAGAGACCUUAUCAGGCUGUUCGCUUGCUAUAACGAUGGCAUCAUCAACUUAUUGGAGAAGUACUUUGAUAUGAACAAGAAGAACUGCCGGGAUGCUCUCGACCUCUAUAAGAAAUUCCUCAUCAGGAUGGAUAGAGUCGGAGAGUUCUUGAAGGUGGCAGAAAAUGUCGGCAUCGAUAAAGGCGACAUCCCUGACCUGACCAAAGCUCCCAGCAGUCUUCUGGAUGCCCUUGAAGGACACCUCGCAACCCUUGAAGGCAAAAAAGGUUCCGCAGCAAACACCCCCACGCAAACCGCCAGCGCCCAAAAGAACGUGGCCAGUGUGAUGGGUGCCUUAUCAUCAACGUCAUCGUCAUUCGGCAACGCGGCCGCCUCGACUAGGCUGGACGCUUCCAACGGGAGCAUGUUCAUAGACGACUCCCUCAAACAGCAGGCCCUGGCCGAGGAAGAAGCCGCCAUGAACCAAUACAAGGUCCACUUAUAUCAAGGGAACGAAUUUACAGGUGAUGAGGAUAUCACGCAGAUAACGGAGAGAUUUAACAAGGUGCAGUCUCCUACAAACUCAGCCAAUAAUCCAUUCUUGUCUACGGGUCCGACUGUAGUGGACUUAUUCGCUCCCGCACCGGAGCCCCAGCAGCCUCCUGCGGGGGGCAAAGCCUCCGACGAUCUCCUUUCACUGGGCAAUCCCUUCGCAGACAUGUUUGGAGCCCCGCAACCCGCGCCCGCCGCCUGGCAGAGCAACGGGUUCGCGGCCUUCCCGCAACCGACGCAACCAUCGCAACCAGCCCAACCCGCUCACACCAACAACACCUUCGUAUCCGAGGCUAAUUUCACUAACGUCUUCAACACUGACCCCGCAGCUGCCGCUAACCCGUUCAUGGGUAUGGGAGACCCAACCCAGCCGAUAUCGGCAUCCCCAGCCCGCCCCCCACCACCGAAUCCCCAAAAAUCCGCCUUCGACGAUCUCGAGGACGCCAUGAGAAUCUCACUCGGAGGCUCCCCAGCGAAACAGAGCGCACCCAUCACACAGCAGCCGCAGCCGAUGACGCAGCACUUUGGUGACGUCAUGAUGUCUCAGCCAAUGAUGUUCGGAUCGCCAGCGAGGCAGCCGAUGAUGGGGAUGGCCAUGGGUCAACAGCAACAACCACAACAGAAUAAAGUACUAACCGGCGAUCUAGAUUCCUCGCUGGCUCAGCUCGCCAACAAUCUCACUAUCAACAAAGCCGCUCCCAAAGCGAUGCAGUGGAGCCCGAAGAGUGGCUGCAAACCUGGGGGUGCCUGGAGUCCGCAGCCGAUGCAGGCCACAACCGGAGCGGGUUACAGACCCAUGGGCCAAGGCAUGACUCUACCGCCAAUGCCCCAUACAUUACCCCAUACGUACCAUCCCCCGCAUUUUGUUCUGCAACAGCCGCCCAUGGUAAUGGGCAUGAACGCGCCCAUGAUGCCCAUGGGGUCGAUGCCGAUGCGCCCCUCCAUACCGCCCACCACAAACCAAUUCAGUUAAAUGGCUAUCCAGUAAUAGUACCCUAAGAACGAGAUUUGAAUCACGUAACAAUAGGAAACAGAUUCGAGAUCGGAUUUUGAGCUCUAAUUAUAUAAUCAUCGAGUUUAAAUUCGCUUAUGGAAUUGUUUGUCCGAUCUCUGUUAUUACUUAAGCUGCAGGUUAUAUAUAAUAAAGUCGUCUGCGGCGUUUGUAUAUACUGUAGCUGUAUGCUCAAUGGUUCUGCCAAGGUGGCUGAAUCGGGUAUGUAACUUUUUUUUUUUUAUUAUUAUGAAAAUCUACCCCUUUAGUAAAUUAUUAUGUAGAUCGACGAAUAUAAUUUUUUUACGAAUAAAAUGUAUGAGAAAAAAUAUAUAAAUUCGAGUUACCCCACAUUCACUACGUCUAUAGUUAGUACGAAAGCAUAAAUCGUAGUUAAAUUCUUUAUUAUUUUUCUUAUGAAAUGGUGCAUAGAAUUAUUUUGUUAACCAAAAGAAAGAUAGACAUCACAUUCCAUACGUGUACAAAAUUAUGUCUAGCUUCGGAUUAUGAUAAAACAUAUAUAAAUAUAGUGAUUUCCUGUGAGUUACUCAUACAUCUGUAACGUGUGUUUAUAGUCACUGCACUCGAUGAUAAAUGUAACUAUAAUUGUUGUCUCUGUUCUCACUUAAUCUAUAUAAGGUUGUCUUAAAUAUAAUCUGUGGCAAUCUUAUGUAUAGGUACUAUUGUAUUAGACUGUUAUGUACAUUUUUAAUGGCUGUUCGUAUGCUAGGUGCUUACUGUGUUGCCAGGAUAUUAAUUAUACCGACAUUUUAAUUAUAUAUUAUUUUUUUUGUUAUCACUUCGGUUUUUUUAAUAUACAAUAUCCCAAUUUUUGUAAUGUUUAUAAAAUGCUAUAAAAUGUUUUUAAAGUAUUAGAAAUUUAUUGUUUGAUUUCGAUAGAAAAGUAAUAAAAAUGGUCACUAGAUGUCUUAUGAUUUUAAAUAAUGUUAUAGUAGGAAAUUAGAUGAUGGCAAUGAAGUUACUGCUUAUAUGGUUAUAGUAAGUAUAUACUGAUUAGUCGUGUUGAAAUUGUAAAGUGUGGGAGACGCUUAAAAUGACUUAACACGUGUAAAUACACUUACACUGUUUGAUUUGCAUCUGCUCGGAAACGAUGUGUAUUUCUUAUCAACAACGGCUCAAACUUCCCACAGCAGACGGAAUUGUUUUAUGAAAUUUAAUGGUAUAUAAUAUCAUUUGCAACUGACUAACUUGCCAUAUCUAUUUGUCUUGUUGCUUGAGAGCUUCGUGAAGUGCAGGACUCAUCAACAAGUGUCUAUUGUCACAUGUUUAUUAUUCUUUGUUAAAAUCUAAGCUGUAAAUUUUAUUUGAGCGCUCUAAUCAACUGUCUUAUGAUUUUUUAUGUAAAUAUUCCUUGCUAUGUUAUUUUAUAUCACGCCGUUAGAUAUUCAAUUUAGUUUAUUUAUGAGAUAAAUAAAUUGAUUUAAGCCUU